GUCCAGUCGGAGUUUAAUUCAGAAUCGAAAAGGUUUUCGUCGGCUUGAGAGCUUUGUGAAUUGUGAAAUUGUUGUUUGGAGUUUUGUUUGUGUUUCUCGAUUUUCAUUUUUCAUUUUUCAGUUUUCGAUUUUUGUUAUUUGUUCGAAAUGGACCUGGACCUCCUUUCCAGUAAGGAGUCGUUGGACAAGUGCGUGGAGUUUGACCUGCCCCCGGUCGCGGUGGGCGACAGCACCCGCGGAUGCAUCAUCCGUAACCAGCGCGUUGCCAUUUCGGGCACGUUCCAGAGCAAACCGAAGGCUGCUGCUUCGGCCAAGAAGAACGCGACUCCUGGGCGUGGCACCACACGCGGCGGCAACGCGACGCCCGCAGCGGAGACCGGGGGACGUCCGAGUCGCAACAGCAGCAAGCAGAGCGCUCCUCCUGGUCGUCGCGCGAUUUCCCAAGGCCUGGACAACCCACCCGUCCGGGGGCGCUCUGUGGGAGGGUACUCGCUGCGCAGUCGCAGCGCUGUGUCGAUGGCCAGGGCCAGAGUGCUGAUCACAUCCUUGCCAGGCGAACGGCGGGAGGAGGACGCACCCCAAGGCCGCUGCUACGGACCGCAGAGACGCCGCUCGUACCUGGAUCUGGACCAGGAUCUGGCCCAGCUGAACUGGACCGGCCAUCAGGAGGAUGCUGGCCCACGCCACCCAUUCAGCGGCUCGGCUCGUCGCCAGGGCGGGCGGGUGGCGCCUCUCCACCCGGGCACCCGCAUGGAGCCCGCCGGGCAGAGCCACUCACAGGUGUCCGUGCCCCCCAUGGCACACUUCCGUCGGCUAUGCCGCGCUCUGGAUCGUCACUACAGUCCCCUGUCGCACUUCCUCGUGUUCCUGGCUGGGAUGCUGGCCACUCUGCUGUGCGUGGCCCUGACGCCCGCCAACCAAUAUCUCUAAAAAGACUUGCACUCGAACACUGAAAGGGGCAGCGGUUUCCACAACGGGCUGCAGAUACACCAUACACUACGCAAGAUACACGACACACGAUACCGAUACGUGCUUGAGUUCCAUCGCCGAUCGAAGACUGUUCUGCCCCACAAAUAUUUGCAUUGAAUAAACGAGGAGGAAUCUCCUCAAAGAAUUCCA